AUGACCAGCCCACGCCUCCCCCUAUCCCGCCUCGCGCGUCGGCGCCUCCCGCUCUCCCGGCCCCCCACCCGCUAUUACUCCUCCUCAACACCACCACCGCCAUCCCCUAGACCGCAACACGAUCCCGUCGCGCUGCUCUCCCAACCAACGUGGUCCAUCCGCACCCUCAUCCCGCCAAGCUCCCCCAGCAACACCCCUUUAACAGCGCCCAACUCCACCCCAGAAGAAGAAAUCACACCCGCUCAGCUAUCACACCUCCUCCGCCUCUCCGCGCUCCCACAGCCCUCCACGCCGCAGGAAACUCGCCGCAUGCUGGCCACGCUCCACGCGCAGCUGCACUUCGUGCGCGACAUACAGCGCGUGAACACGGACGGUGUCGAGCCGCUGUCGUCGAUCCGCGACGAGACGGCCGAGGGGAUGCGGGCGGCGACCAUCACGGUGGACACGCUCAAGUCAGCAUUGGCGGAGGAGGAGGUGUAUGGACGGUGCAGACGACCCCGUAGAAGGAGGAGGAGAGGGGACCAAAAGAAGGAAGUCGUGGAUGGGGCGGGAGUCGAGGACUGGGAUGUGUUGGGGUGUGCCAGCGAGAAGGUGGGGAGGUAUUUCGUUGUUCGAAGUGGGAGUGGGAAGAAGGAGGAGGAAGAGGAUUGA